UAUGCCAGAGAGGAGCCUGGCAUUCAACCUUCAGGGCUAUUAGCCAUUUCCUUUGGCCCUAUAUGUAUAUCCAUUGUAUCCAUAGUGCUCUAUUUAGCUCUGUGAAACCAGUAUGGGUUAGAGGGGAGAAGGAGCUGAGUAACUGCCAGGGCUAUUUUUACUCUUACUCAGCAGGCUUCCUUGUCUCUGCUGCUGCUAGAUGGGAGAAGGACAGGAGUCUGCAUGUUGUUAUGUGUAUGAAGAGAACACCUCUGUGGACAUGAGAAGGCAUGUACAGGUACAUUCUCUGGGAGCAAGAGACAGCAGCAGCAGUGGCUCAGAGCUUGAGACUUAUCGAGACUCAACACACACCCAGAGUCCAGCAAAAACAUUUGCUCACCUGUUUGCAAAACCAAACCAGAGCUCACAUUCAACCAAACUGCCAACAAUAUUUUGAAAGAAAAGGCACCAAAGACCAGAAGUUCAAACUUAGACAGAAAAAACAAUCAACAACAGCAUUUCUUUAAAAAUAAAUAUACCAGAAGAAGAAAAAGAUUAUAGGGAAAAAAGUAAAAAUUUAGGAAGACUUUGUUACCUGAUUUUGUAUAAAACUUUGGAAAAGUUUUCUGUUGGGAGAGGAAUUAGUGAAUUUGUUUUUGAUAUUUGGAAAAUAUGGCAAAUAAUUUUUACCUUCUUGUUUAAGACUUUUUUUUUUUUUUAAAGAAAAAGGAAAUUGAGAAGGAAAAAGCAAGCUGGUGGACCACCUGAGAAAAAGAAAUGCAGAAAGAUUUCUUUCACUAAGAGGGGAUACAGACUGGAUGCAUACAUUUUUGGGGGUCUGCAUUCAUUUUUUAUUUAUGCUCUGCUCCUAUACUCCUUCUGGUUUACGAGACAGAAAAAAGGACAGACAACUCAUACAGAAUUAUUUUUUUUAGAGGAAAAAGGGGGGUUUCUUUUUAACCCUUUCCUCCCCACUUCAAGAUUGUGGAAAAUAAAGUGUGGAAAUGAGAGUGUGCAGAGCCUUCUAUGCAUGAGGCAAGGCUGGAACUAGAUUGUCAGCGGAGACUGAUUUCUUGUCAAGUCUCCCCUUCAAUGUGUCUGGAACUCUUGGGGAUAGGAGUCGGUAUGAAUUUCGGGGUGCUCUUCGUGUGUCUCUGGUACCUGCCUCUCAUCAGCACUGAGGGGGACCCCAUUCCUGAAGAACUUUACAAGAUGCUGAGUGACAGGUCGGUGCGUACCAUCAGGGACCUCCAACAUGCCCUGCAGAUAGACUCCGUAGAACAGGGGAAUGGUCCUAGCUUGGACCUGAACUCAACCCAAACCCACCUUGGUCAUGACCCUGUUCCCCUGUCCCGAGGGAGACGAAGUGUGGAUGGCCUAGCCGCUGCUGAGCCAGCUGUCCUUGCUGAGUGCAAGACGCGAACAGCGGUCUUUGAGAUCUCCCGGAGCAUGGUGGAUUCCACCAAUGCCAACUUUGUGGUGUGGCCACCCUGUGUGGAGGUGCAGCGGUGCUCGGGGUGCUGCAACAACCGCAAUGUGCAGUGUCGCCCCAUGCGGGUCCGUGUGCGACACAUCCAGGUAAACAAGAUUGAAUUUGUCCAGAAGAAGCCAAACUUUAAAAAAGUCAUUGUGCCUUUGGAGGACCAUGUGGACUGUCGCUGUGAGGCACUGUCAUCCCGGCCCUCCAGUCACAGUUGGCCCAAUCUACCCAAAUACAAACAUGGAUUAUUGACAAUCACUACAGCUCCUGUGUCAGCAAGGCAACGAGCACGCCGGCUGCAAGCACAAAAGAGGAAACAUCGGAAGUUCAAGCAUGUCCCCGAUAAGAAAGUGCUGAAAGAAAUCCUCACAGCAUAGAGGUGCUGGCAGAGGAGGGAGUGCAAAGCAGGUUUAUUUAAUAUAUUUGCUGUAUUGCCCCCAUGGGGUCCUCAGAGCGAUAACUUUUCCUCUUCGUCCAUCUGCCUCGGUGCCUGACUUGGACAACAAAUGGUGCUUGCCUUUUCUUCUUGGACCUUCUCCCACCAAAGUCUCCCCUCAGUUUCCCUUUUUUCAUAUAUUAACAAUGUUUUAAAAUUUUCCAAGAAAGAAAACAAAACAUUUAAAAAAACCCACAAGAAGCCACAAGCAACUGGGAUAAGACAAGGCUUUCCCUGUUGCAGAAGACAGGAUGGGAAAUAGGAAAGACAAAAAUGGGUCCAAUUUCCUUUUUUGGGGGGGAAGGGAUCAGUUGGGGGGUGAGAAAGUGAGGAGAAUUGUCCUCCUUUUCCUUCUCAAUUCUGUUACGGGCAAAGGGCUCGGACUGAAGUCAAUAAUUGCAAUGGAUGUGUUUCAAAGCAGAUGGAUCUCAGAUGAAGAGCAAUCACCAAUGAUGGAAAAUGCACUAAGAACUUUUACUGGCACAUCUGGACAGAUUUCUUUCUUUUUUGUUUGUUUGUUUGUUUGUUUUUUUACAUAUGUGUGUGUAUAUAUUUUAUUUUAAAAAACCACUAAAACAUACAACAUCUCGGGGAACAGAACAAAUGAAUGCAGAGCGCAGUUACCACACUCACCCCAGCCACUGCAGACUGGAGGGCGUCUGGAUCAGUGAAAAGAUGAGGACAGCAGGCCAGAACCAUUCUCCAGUGCUCCCCCCUAGCCCCGACAAAGACUGUCAUUUUGGCACACAGCUAUCGGCUAUUGAGGGUUGACUUUCCAGUCUUGGACUUGGGUUAUUGUUUUUUAAUUAAUUUGGUAUGUGUGUGUAUAUAUGUGCAUAUAGAUACCUAUAUAUUCAUAUAUACAUACAUACAUAUCUAUACGUGUGGGUUUUUAAAUGGGUUUGUUCCACAGUGGGAGGAGCCUCCAGGCAAGCUUGUAUGUGUGUCGGUAUGUCUGUGUCGGUCUGUCUCUGUGUGUAUGUCUGUGUGUGUGUGUGAGCAGUGAUCUAAUUCCUCUGCUAUCCCCAGUUCAGUCUUUUUUCCCCUUUGCUUUUCCCUCUGGUUAACAACUGCCCUCCAGGAUGCAGAGUGACAACAUCAUUGACCAAUGCACAUGUGAGCUUGCAAGCAUUACUUCAUCUGGAUAAACUAUGGUUGGCUGAUCCAGGAUCCUGAGGGCAGCAUUGUAAUACCGAAGAUGGUUCUGGGAGCAGUUUAACCCUUUUGUGGAUGCACUGUCCUUCAGUUGCUUUCUCCCAUUUCACCCAUUCCCCGCCCACACAUCUAUUGCAAACACAUGCAACAGAGGGGUUUUUUUCACAUGUAUUCAAGCCCUGCCCAGUUUUUAAAUAACUGUAGAACCAAGGAACUUCUUGGGAAACUAGAAGUCAUGGAGGAGAGGAGGGCAAAUGGGAGAGAGUAAACCUCUAAAUUUGCAAAAGUGAUUAAAAACAGAAAUAAUUCCCUUAUUGGAAGACUGAAAGAGAAUGGCUGUUUGGUAUCCCUAGUUCCUGGCCAUCAUAGAAAUGCUUAGGAUUUGAGGGUGUAGAGGGCAGAAUGAUUCUCCUAUGAGAAUGUACAUGCAGUCACGUAGAAGUGUGUCCAGCUCUAGGCUCCCCACUACAGAAAGGAUGUGGAAAAAUUGUCCAGCAGAGGGUAAUGAAAAUGGUUAGAGGGCUGGGGCACAUGACGUAUGAAGAGAGGCUGAGGGAAUUGGGUUUAUCUAGUCUGGAGA